AUCGUUUACUUUGAUGGAUUACAAUUUUAUAUAACGUUUGGCAAAAGUACGUAUGAUUUUCCCCACAUCGACACGAAAUAAUAAACAUCAUUGACUUUAUGUAUAGCAGCUUGUACGUAUGUAACAGAGCAGUACGUUAGCAGUUGUCAUAUAAAACAGAUAACCACGUUUUACAAUUCACAUUCUUAUCGUUUACAAGCCGCUUUUAACAUAGGAGAAGAAACAAGAAGGAUUGUUGUAGUAUCACAUAACACUUGAUAUUGUAAAAUCCAUAUAAUAUUCUACCAAUUUUGUAUUGCAUUAGAUUUUUACAAUGGUGCAAAAUAUAGCUAUUGUUGAGAAAACAUCAAGUGAAUUAAAAUUUCAUGAAUUUUUGAUGGAGAAAAAAAAAUUGAAUUUUGAAAAAGAAUCUUUGUACUGUGUUUUGACAUUGCAUACACCUUUUCGGAAUCUAGUAAAUGUAACUUUAGGGGAAUAUGAGUAUAUUCUUUUGCCAAAAGAGUUCGGUACAUUACAUCAUCUUCAAGAGAUUACAUUAUCCACAAUGUGUCCCGUAUAUACUACUGAAUUUGCAUGGGAAUGGUUAGAGCAAGCUCCUAUGAGAAGUAAUUUAAAAUCAUUGAAAAUAAUGAAUUAUUUUCUACCUGAAUUACCUUUACAAAUCACAUGUUUGAAAAAUCUCACAACAUUAAAUAUAAGAAAUAACGGAAUCAUUUUUUUACCAAAGGAGUUUGGUAAUUUGCCUCUUUUGGAUCUCAAUCUAUCGUUUAAUAAACUCGAAAAUCAAUCUAAACAAUCAUGGGAAUGGUUAAUGCAAGCUUCCAUUAGAAAUAAUUUAAGAAAAUGUAACAUUAGUAUUAAUCUUUUGACUGAAUUUCCAUUACAAAUUACAUAUUUGAAAAAUCUACGGUGGUUAGACAUACGUGAAAACGAAAUUGAGUUCUUACCAAAAGAGUUAGGUACUUUGCCUCAUCUUACACAUCUUAAUCUCUCUUGUAAUCACCUUUGGAAAUCGGAUCACAAUACGUGGGAAUGGUUAAAGCAAACUGAAGUCAGAAAUAAAUUGUCAAAAUUAGAUCUGUCGGGCAAUCUGUUAACGGAAUUACCGCCACAAAUUGGAAAACUAAGUGCUUUAACUUGUUUAAGACUUGCUCGUAAUAAGUUACAAUGUUUACCAAAUAGCUUCGCAAAUCUAAAAAAUUUAAAAGAUCUUAAUUUAUCGAACAAUGAUUUGUUAUAUUUACCAGGAGGUUUGGCACAUUUAUCGGUAGAUAUAAAUGUUGGAGAGAAUCCAUUUAAUUUAGAUGACGAUAGUGAUGAUGAUUUGACAACGAAUUUGGAAGUGCCAAGUCUAGUGAAUUAUUCAGCUGAAUUUAUCCUGAAAACUGGAAUAAAAAACAGAAAGGGAUUAUCACCAAGAAUGGUCAGAUUUUUGGAUAAUGAAAGAUAUUGCUUCUUUUGUGAAACUCUAUGUUUUCGUUAUUAUAAAAUGCGCUUUAUAAAUUAUUUUGAAUAUGAUGAAAUACUGGAUCUUAAAUUUACCUCGUAUUUAUCAUCACCAACUAUUAGGAAAGCAAAGUUUGAAUGUUACGCUUGUUCAUCAGAAUGUGCUAAAAGAUUGAGCAAGCCAAGAUUGACUGAAGAUAAAAAAUCUUAAAACAUCUUGAAGACU